GCCAUCACAACAUGUUUGCAAAACUUUAAACCCACACACAGCCAACUGCUCAUUUAUGUUGAUGAUCUGUUGCUUUGUUCCCCCUCAGAAGAAGCCUGUAAGCAAGACACAUUAGCUCUUUUGCAUUUUUUAGCUCAAACGGGAAACAAAGUCAGCAAAGACAAAAUGCAACUUGUCAAACAGGAAGUUGUUUAUUUAGGUCAGAGCAUCUCUAAGGCAGGCAGACAGAUCCAUACUGACAGGAAACAAGCCAUCUCCUCUGCACCUAAACCUGAAACAAAGAAACAGAUGAUGCAAUUUCUAGGCUUAUGCAACUACUGUAGGGCCUGGGUACCUGAUUACGCAUCAGUGACCCAACCCCUGCUUGACAUGAUUCAUUCUACCCCCAUGGCCAUGACAGACAAGGUCAGCUGGACUCAGGAAGGAGAACAGGCUUUCAUUCAGUUAAAACAGCUUCUCACUCAAAGCACCACCCUCCUCCUUCCUGACUACAAGAAACAGUUUGUGCAAAUGGUAGAUUGCAAAGAAGGUUUCAUGGUUUCUGUCCUGCUACAAUUACAUGGUGACAGGCUUAAACCAUUAGCCUUCUACUCCAAGCGUUUGGACCCUGUGGCUAGGGCACUGCCCCCUUGUGUUCAGGCGGUGUGUGCGGCUGCUGUGGCUGUUGAGGCAUCUGCUGAUGUUGUGCUGUUUCAUCCACUUAAGCUUAUGGUUCCACAUGCGGUUGACAUCCUUCUCUUGCAAAGCCGUCUCACCUCACUGUCACCAGCAAGACAAAUCACAUACAC